AAACCUCACUGGAGUGGUCACACUGCAAGCGAGUGCACGAGACAGAAGGGUCAUGGUCGCCGCGGCGCGCGUCGCCCCGGCGCUCGGGAACAAGCCUGGGCCGGGGCAGGGGCUCGCGAUGCUGGAGGUUGUGGUGGCGCCGCCGCCAGGACCAGCGGCGGGGGAGGAGCGGCUGUCGGACGCUGACACGACGGCGUCGUCGACGGCCGCGCCCAACUCCAGCCUCAGCUCGGCCAGUAGCGCCGCCAGCCUGCCGCGCUGCUCCAGCCUGUCUCGCCUCUCCUUCGACUGCUCCCCGUCCGCCGCCCUGUCCCUGGCUGCGUCUGCUGCUCCGGCCUCCUCCUCCUCGCCAGCGCCGGCGCGGCCGCACCGGUCCGGAGACGCGGCGUGGGCGGCGAUCCGGGCGGCGUCGACGUCGGCCGCGGCGCCGCUGGGGCCACGGGACUUCAGGCUGCUGCGCCGGAUCGGCGGCGGCGACAUCGGCACCGUGUACCUGUGCCGCCUCCGGGAGUCGGAGGCGGACGCGGGGCGGCCGUGCCUGUUCGCGAUGAAGGUGGUGGACCGGCGCGUGGUGGCUAAGAAGAAGAAGCUGGAGCGCGCGGCGGCGGAGAAGCGGAUCCUGCGCGUUCUGGACCACCCGUUCCUGCCCACGCUCUUCGCCGACUUCGAUGCCGCGCCGCACUUCUCCUGCGUCGUCGUGGAGUUCUGCCCCGGCGGCGACCUCCACUCGCUCCGCCACCGCAUGCCCAACCGCCGCUUCCCUCUCGCAUCAGCUCGGUUCUACGCGGCGGAGGUGUUGCUGGCGCUGGAGUACCUGCACAUGAUGGGCAUCGUGUACCGCGACCUGAAGCCGGAGAACGUGCUGAUCCGCGCCGACGGCCACAUCAUGCUCACCGACUUCGACCUGUCUCUCCAGUCCACCUCCACGCCGUCGCUGGAGUCGUCCUCCGCCUCUUCCUCCGACGACGAUUCAUCGACCUCCGUGUCCUGCUUCCCGGACCACCUGUUCCGCUUCACGCUUCGUCGCCGCGGUGGCGGCAGCAGUAGCAGCCGGCGCGCGCUCCUCCGCCGCGCCGCCUCCUCGGCGCGGCAGCCGCUGGUGGUGGCGGAGCCAGUUGAGGCGCGGUCAUGCUCGUUCGUAGGCACGCACGAGUACGUGGCGCCCGAGGUGGCCCGGGGCGGUCCCCACGGCGCGGCCGUGGACUGGUGGGCGCUGGGCGUGUUCCUCUACGAGCUCCUGCACGGGCGCACCCCGUUCGCCGGCGCCGACAACGAGGCCACGCUCCGCAACAUCGCGCGCCGACCGCUCUCCUUCCCCUCGCCUGCCGUCGGUGGCGGGUCCAGCGGUGCCGACGCCGACGCGCGGGACCUGAUCGAACGCCUCCUCGCCAAGGACCCGCGGCAGCGGCUAGGGUCCCGUCGCGGCGCCGCCGACGUGAAGGCGCACCCGUUCUUCCGCGGUCUCAACUUCGCGCUGCUCCGGUCCUCCCGCCCGCCCGUCGUACCCGGCGCGUCCCGCUCCCCGCCGCUGCACCGCUCGCAGUCCUGCAGCGCGGCGACAGCGUCUGCGACGCGCAGGAGGGCGUCGAAGCCGCCGCCGCAGCCGCAGCCGGACGCUCGGUUCGACCUGUUCUGAACGACCGUUGCCAGUGCCGGCGGCAUUGACCUCUAGUUGCAUUGCAUCACACUCGCCAUUGUACAAGAGUAGUAGUGUUAAUCUCUUGUAGUAGUACCGUACAAUGUCAUUAGUUUAGUCUAAUCGAAGUUAAACUCCAA